GUCCGCCUACCCCGGACACAUGAAGCAAUUUCCACAGACAACACAGACUACUCGGCAGACAUGGCCUCCGCCUGCAGCCUCCGAUGUGACGAGCAGCUCCUGUGUUCCAUCUGUCUGCACGUGUUCAGCGAGCCUGUCUCGACUCCAUGUGGACACAACUACUGCAUGGCUUGUAUCACAGGGUACUGGGCCAGCAGCGGCCAGAUAAAGUGUCCCCUCUGUAUGAAGAAGUUCCGCAGGAGACCACAGCUCCUGGUCAACACGGGGUUCAGAGAUAUGGUGGAGCAUUUCAAAAGCAUAAGUGAGAGGGAUGAAGAGGACAUCCAUGUCAAACCAGGGGAGGUGCCUUGUGACAUCUGCCUCGUGCCGAAGCUCAAGGCUGAGAAGACGUGCCUGGUGUGUUUGGCCUCGUACUGCCAGCUUCACCUGGAGCCUCACCAGAGGGUCGCGACCCUCAAGAAGCACCAGCUGGUGGACCCCGUGUCCGACCUGGAGGAGAGGGUGUGCAAGAGGCACGACAAGAUGUUGGAGCUCUUCUGUCGCGAAGACCAGACGUGUGUUUGCUUCAUGUGCUUGAAAGACGACCACGCGGCGCACGAAGCCGUCCCGUUGGAGCUCGCCUUCAGGGAGAGGAGAGUCCAGCUGGACUGUGUGAUGUCAGAGAUGAACAUGAAGGAAAACUCCAAAUCCAGGAGUAUGAAGGAAAUCAAACACUCAGCUGAUCGGAGCAAGAAAGCGUCUGAGAAAGAGAUAGCGGACAUUGCAGAUGUUUUCAGUGCUCUGGUGGUCUCCAGGGAAAGACACCAGGACGAGCUGAUUGAGGUGAUCCGGAAGAAGCAGGACGCUGCGCAGAAGACGGCUGAAGACCGUGUGACACAGCUGGAGCUGGAAGUAGCUGAGUUGAGGAGGAGAAGAUCCGAAAUGGAGCAACUCUUACAAACAGAGGACCACCUCCUCCUCCUCCAGAGCUGUCCAUCUCUCUUACCUGCACAGACUGAGGACAUAUUCAACCCUCGGUCCUCCUCCAUCCCUCCAUCCACAUCUGACCUCCUUGACCUCAGUCAGCAGAGUUAUGUGGCGACGGUGAAAAAAGCAGCGGCCCAGAUGGAAAAGAGCCUCAGCAAUGAGAUGGACAUGCUUAUACAGAAGGUCAGGUGUGAUUGUUGUGAUGCUGAACAGAUGCCAGACGGGUUUGUUCGCGCGUGGACUCCCCCUCGGGACAAGCUGAUGAUGAUCCAGCAGAACGAUGCGGUGGAUGUGACGCUGGACGCCUACACAGCCCAUAGAAGUCUCAUCGUGUCUGAGGAUGGGAAGCAACUGAGCUUUGGGCACGGUCAAACAUCUCUUACUGAUUUUUUUGGGAGAAGAUUUCAACUCCAAAGCUACGUUCUUGGGAAAGAGGGUUUUUCCUCAGGUAGGUUCUACUAUGAAGUGGAUGUUAGUGAGAGUAGAGGUUGGGUAUUGGGAGUGGCCAAAGAGUCCGUUAACAGGGAGGUCCUUUUCACUACCCGCCCUGAGGAGGGGUGCUGGACACUUUUGGGGUCUUACCACUCUUUCCAAGGCGAUUCUACUCAAACGUGGAUGAAUAUUUGCUUUCAAAGGCCUCAGACUGUUGGUGUGUUUGUUGAUUCCGAGAAGGGAGAGGUCUCCUUCUAUGACGUGGACGCCAGGACUCUCAUCUACUCCCACUUAGGAUGCGCCUUCAUCGAGGGAAUACCAGCAUUGACAUAUUUUCUCUAUUCUCUGGUUGGCGCAUCCGUAAGUGGCAGACAAAAGCUCUACCCUUUUUUUGGUAUCUUUGAAGAUAAUGUUGACAACACUCUUGUCAUCACUCCUGUCGCACAGCCAACGUGCCACAUGGCCUCCGCCUGCAGCCUCCGAUGUGACGAGCAGCUCCUGUGUUCCAUCUGUCUGCACGUGUUCAGCGAGCCUGUCUCGACUCCAUGUGGACACAACUACUGCAUGGCUUGUAUCACAGGGUACUGGGCCAGCAGCGGCCAGAUAAAGUGUCCCUGUAUGAAGAAGUUCCGCAGGAGACCACAGCUCCUGGUCAACACGGGGUUCAGAGAUAUGGUGGAGCAUUUCAAAAGCAUAAGUGAGAGGGAUGAAGAGGACAUCCAUGUCAAACCAGGGGAGGUGCCUUGUGACAUCUGCCUCGUGCCGAAGCUCAAGGCUGAGAAGACGUGCCUGGUGUGUUUGGCCUCGUACUGCCAGCUUCACCUGGAGCCUCACCAGAGGGUCGCGACCCUCAAGAAGCACCAGCUGGUGGACCCCGUGUCCGACCUGGAGGAGAGGGUGUGCAAGAGGCACGACAAGAUGUUGGAGCUCUUCUGUCGCGAAGACCAGACGUGCGUUUGCUUCAUGUGCUUGAAAGACGACCACGCGGCGCACGAAGCCGUCCCGUUGGAGCUCGCCUUCAGGGAGAGGAGAGUCCAGCUGGACUGUGUGACGUCAGAGAUGAACAUGAAGGAAAACUCCAAAUCCAGGAGUAUUAAGGAAAUCAAACACUCGGCUGAUCGGAGCAAGAAAGCGUCUGAGAAAGAGAUAGCGGACAUUGCGGAUGUUUUCACUGCUCUGGUGGUCUCCAGGGAAAGACACCAGGACGAGCUGAUUGAGGUGAUCCGGAAGAAGCAGGACGCUGCGCAGAAGACGGCUGAAGACCAUGUGACACAGCUGGAGCUGGAAGUAGCUGAGUUGAGGAGGAGAAGAUCCGAAAUGGAGCAACUCUUACAAACAGAGGACCACCUCCUCCUCCUCCAGAGCUGUCCAUCUCUCUUACCUGCACAGACUGAGGACAUAUUCAACCCUCGGUCCUCCUCCAUCCCUCCAUCCACAUCUGACCUCCUUGACCUCAGUCAGCAGAGUUAUGUGGCGACGGUGAAAAAAGCAGCGGCCCAGAUGGAAAAGAGCCUCAGCAAUGAGAUGGACAUGCUUAUACAGAAGGUCAGGUGUGAUUGUUGUGAUGCUGAACAGAUGCCAGACGGGUUUGUUCGCGCGUGGACUCCACCUCGGGACAAGCUGAUGAUGAUCCAGCAGAACGAUGCGGUGGAUGUGACGCUGGACGCCUACACAGCCCAUAGAAGUCUCAUCUUGUCUGAGGAUGGGAAGCAACUGAGCUUUAGGCCCGGUCAAACAUCUCUUCCUGAUUAUUUUGGGAGAAGAUUUCAAUUCCAAAGCUACGUUCUUGGGAAAGAGGGUUUUUCCUCAGGUAGGUUCUACUAUGAAGUGGAUGUUAGUAAGAGUAGAGAUUGGGUAUUGGGAGUGGCCAAAGAGUCCGUGAACAGGGAGGUCCUUUUCACUACCCGCCCUGAGGAGGGGUACUGGACACUUAUGGGGUCUUACGAAUUGUUCCAAGGCUAUUUUCCUCAAACGUGGAGGAAUAGUUGCUUGCAAAGGCCUCAGACUGUUGGUGUGUUUGUUGAUUACGAGAAGGGAGAGGUCUCCUUCUAUGACGUGGACGCCAGGACUCUGAUCAACUCCCACUUCGGAUGCGCCUUCAUCGAGAGAAUACCAGCAUUAAAAUCUUUUCUCUAUUCUCUGGUUGGCCUAUCCGUAAGUGGCAGACAAAAGCUCAACCCUUUUUUUGGUAUCUUUGAAGAUAAUUUUGACAACACUCUUGUAAUCACUCCUGUCGCACAGCCAACGUAAGGUGCCAUAUUAAUCAGGGCAAAUAAAUGUGUAACUUCUGCCGUAAGGUAACAGCAGUAGAAUCAAACAUUACAAAAAGACCAUAAUACUCAGUUUGAUUUUUUUCCGAUGUGAGGUCAAAGGUCAGAGAUGUGGUAUGUGUACAGAUUGUAAAGCCCUCUGAGGCAAAUUUGUGAUUUUGGGCUAUCAAAAAUAAACUGAAUUGAACUAAAUGUAUAUAUUUAUAUAAUGUUUAGCUUUUGGUUUUUCCAGCCAUAUUGCAAAAACAUUCAGAGAUUUAAAGUGAAAAUGCAGGUGGGAUCAUGGACCUCGCAGUUGGUGAUGUGGUUAAUAAGUUCAAAGGUAAAUCAGUUUUGUACUAUAUUUACAUAUAUGUUGUAAUACCUGCAGCUGACCAGAAGGUGGCGGCACUAUUUAACCAGCAUGCUGAUCUGUUUCUCAGAUCACUUUUAGAAAUAUGUUGAUACAUGGAAGAUGUAUGGAUUAAACAAUAUAUUGAACAUUUUAAAAAUAAUAAUUGAAAAAUGAAGAAGCUUUUUUCUUGCUUCUCAAAUAUGUGAAUUCAUUUUCAGGCUUAUAUGAUUGUAAACUAAACCAAUAAGAUAGACCUAUUUAGUUUUUUAUGGUAUGUAUUCUAUCAAUUUGCCUAGGUUUAGUCUGAGACGUAAUGACUAAACACCUGCUAUGCAAAGUAUAACUAUCUUGUCAUCUUGUAACUUUUUGAAUGUUACAUGUAAGUAUAUGCCUUUGAGCAUAGGAUAAAUAUCACUUUAUAUUGUGAUCA